UUUGACACAUCGCAGGAACAGGCCAAAGUGGUCAAGUAGGUACUUUUUUAAUUAAGUGCGUACUGUUAGUACGCGGUUUCAGACUCAGGGAAUGGUUGGAUAACGGUGAAAAAUAACCGGAUGUUGUACAGCGUCAGCCAACGUCAAUUCUAUCCCACGAGAACUGAGGGAAAAAUACUGAGAACUGCUCCAUGGACCGCUUAUUUUAUUUGCAAUGUGUAAUUCGUCCCUACAAGUCAACAGAUAAAUCUGCGGUCAUCUCUCUCCUCCGCUUUGGAAUUAUGGAGCACAUUUAUCCAGCCUUCUUCAAAGCCAUGAGACACACGGACCACAUUGGCUUGACCCUCAGCAUCUCGGUGGCAGGCUAUGUUCUUGGAGGAAGCUCCUACCUCCAGGCUUUGCUCUUCGGCGGCGCGUGGGUCAGUUUGAUUUACUAUUGCUGCUACGAGAUUUACAACAGUUUCCUGAAAAGAGGGCUGGAUGUGGAAAUGUCUGACAUUCAGGCCAACUUCCUGGAUAACCCUGUGAAUCAUUUCUGGCUGGCGGAGACGGAGGUCAACGGGAGGUCAAAGGUCACCGGGCUUCUGGCUGUGGUGGGUGUAAAGGACGGAAUAUGUUGUGACUGUUGGAACGGUAAUGUGGACGGCACAGGGUCUUUAGGAACAAGCCUGGGGGGCAUCUUUCAGUUGAUCGUGUCUCUUCCUCAGCGCCGUAAGGGUCUGGGAACCCAGCUGGUGGAGACCGCCAUAGAGUUCUGUAAGAAACAGGGACUUUCUCGUGUGGUCGUGGAGAUCAGCUCUCCACAAACGGCAGCUAUUUCGUUGUUCCGCAAACUGGGCUUUAUAGUAACCUGCACAAAUAGCGACAUAGACACUUACCCUUGGGUGUCAAAACUGGCCAGGAUCGAUAUGAUACGAAUGGAGAAGUACCUAUAAAUAAGAUGUUAACUGUUUUACAACAUUUGAUGCUGUAUGUAACAUCUGGAGACAAUCAGUACAGUGCACUCACU